CGCCCGCCCCGACAUGGCCGCCUCCAGCCAGCAUCCGUAUACGUUUAUGUUGACGUCUCCGCGGCACAAAAACAAGCCAAAACUGAGUAAUAGAGCCAAUCUUAUCCCUGAUCCUGGCGCUCCCUCUGCCGACGGCUGCCGCUCAGCUCCUCCCAGUCAUCUGCGUUUCCAUUUUUCAGAAGCGGCCUCUACAGCAGAUAAAAUCACCAGCGUGGAAGCUAAAAGUAAUGGAGAUCAUUUGAAAGUCCAUAAAAUGAAGAAGAAGGUAUUGAGGAAGCAGAUCAGAGCUCAGCAUACAUUGAUGAGACAUGAAGGCAUUGAGUGCAUCUCCCGUGCCACACAGAACCUGGUUAUUGCCAAUGCUGGUCUUGGUAAUGGGAUGAGGAGACACCAACUGCUCAGGAUACUAGAAGAAUAUGGAGAAGUGGAAACGCUCUUAAUGCCACCAAAUAAACCGUAUUCUUUUGUGAAAUAUGAGACAGCAGAAGAAGCCAAGAAAGCCUUUGAUGGCCUUAAUGGAAAAGAAGUAACAUUGGAAGACUGUGGCCAAAACAUUGUUCUAUAUAUUAAUUUUGUGGAAAAAGUUUCCUUGCAAAAUGCUGUUCCUACAAGCUUACCUCCAGGAUUAACAGUAAUUGAAAAGAUUAUUUCUCCAGAGGAGGAAAGGAGGAUGUUGGAAAGUAUUGAGUGGAUAGAAGAUGAAGAUACUCAAAGUGCCCAGAAGAACUUAAAGCAUAGAAGAGUAAAACAUUUUGGAUAUGAGUUUCGCUAUGAUAACAACAAUGUUGAUAAAGACAAACCUUUACCUGAAGGUCUUCCUGAAAUUUGCAACCUGUUCUUGGAGAAGUGCUUAAAGCAGGGAUACAUCAAACAUCAACCUGAUCAACUGACUGUAAAUCAGUAUGAACCUGGACAAGGAAUUCCUCCUCAUAUUGAUACACAUUCUGCUUUUGAGGAUGAAAUAAUCUCUCUCAGUUUAGGAGCUGAGAUUGUGAUGGAUUUCAAACACCCUGAUGGCCAUACAGUGGCAAUUUUGCUGCCCCGAUGCAGUUUAUUGGUGAUGACUGGAGAAUCCAGAUACCUGUGGACACAUGGGAUCACACCCCGAAAAUAUGAUAUCAUUCAAGCAUCUGAGCUUGGGCAAAAAGUUGGAACAAUCACUGCUGAUGUUGGAGAUAUAACAUUAAAUCGAAGGGAAACAAGGACAUCAUUUACAUUCAGGAAAGUGAGGAGAAGCCCUUGCAAUUGCAUUUACCCAUCUGUCUGUGACAGCCAGAAAGGACAGCAAAGACUGGUACAACCUUCAUUUCCCCACAAUGAGAUGGAGGCCUCGAAGCUGGAGCAAGAAUAUGUACACAAGGUGUAUGAAGAGAUUGCCACACACUUCAGCAGUACCAGGCAUAGCCCAUGGCCCCGAAUUGUAGAGUUUCUCACGUCCCUGCCAACAGGAUCAAUAGUUGCUGAUAUUGGUUGUGGUAAUGGGAAAUAUCUAGGCAUCAGUGAGGAUUUGUACAUGGUUGGCUGUGAUCGCAGCAGAAACCUGGUGGAUAUUUGUGGAGAAAAGCACUUCCAGGCUUUUGUCUGUGAUGCCCUGUCGGUGCCAAUGCGCAGUGGCUCCUGUGACGCCUGCAUCUCUAUUGCUGUAAUACACCAUUUCUCAACAGCAGAGAGGAGACUGGCUACUAUCCGUGAACUAGCCCGGCUUCUUAGACCUGGUGGAAUGGCACUCAUUUAUGUCUGGGCAAUGGAACAAGAAUACAAAAACCAGAAGUCUAAAUACCUUAAGGAAAAGAAUGGUAGUAAAGGCAAAGAAAAGGAAAUCAAUACUGGCACAACCCAGAGACUGCUUACUGAUCAAGUGCCUGGAAGCAGCAACCAAGACUCAGCAUGUUUUGACCAACUCAUUAAUGACUUGAAGGACGAAGGCUGCAAUGCAAGGCCAGUGGGAGCAGACUCCAGACUGCCUGUUCAUACUAACCGAACCUCCUUUCAGUCUCAAGAUUUGCUGGUUCCCUGGCACCUGAAAGGUGGUACUAAAAAGAAAGAGGAAGGUGUUAAUACAAUUUUGGUUCCAGCUGACUCCAAGGAAUCCCAAGAACUCAGUCCUGUUUUCCACCGCUAUUACCAUGUGUUCUGUGAAGGGGAGCUGGAAACAGUGUGCAGAUCCCUGGAUUGUGUGAGGGUUCAAAAGAGUUACUAUGAUCAGGGAAACUGGUGUGUGAUUCUAGAAAAGUUGUAGUCUGUGGUGUUGCCUCCACUAUCUGUAGUGUUUUCUUUGUUUUUUACAGUGUGAAAGGUAUUUUUAAUGCAGGCUGCAGCUAUUGCCUCUUUAAAAAUAUCAGAAUAAAGACUGCGUUUGAAUUAAUAAUG